GCAGAGGGGGUUGCUGGAAGCUGGCCCGUCCAUCUUUCUUGAAGGCAAGAAGGCUCCCCACGAACUGCCCUCUGUUCUGUCUUCCCCCUAAAAACCCACCUGCAGCGGCCACUUUAUUUCAGGGCAAGUGGAAGAUGAGACCAGAGAAGCCAGACGGCGCCAUGUUUGAUAUGACCAAGGGACGGCGCCCUUAAGAGCAGUUGGUGACAGUCGAAGCCAGGAUGUCGCCAUAUUUCCUGAAGGCACCUUCCGGGUCCCUCAACCCGGGUGUCUAUGGCCAAGCUGCCAAGAAGUGAAUAAACACCGAGGGGGCUGAUUUGUCCCUAUCAGAAUCCCGAAUCCCUAGCAGCUAGUCCCUGCUACUUCGGUUCCCUCCGCUGCGUUCGGACGCCCAGGCUGGGAGGGGCCGCGGCCUGGGGAGCCGGUCCUGCGGACGAGGACAGCUGCGUCGGGAGCGGGGAGGCGGUGGCCCCCGGGAUUAGGCAGCUGCAGCUGGGGCUGGCAGGCCCCAUGGCACCGCCCCCAGCCCCACUCCCGGCGCUGACAGCUGGGGAGACCCGGCCUGGUUGCAGGAAACCCGAGUCCGUGAGCUUCGCGGACGUGGCCGUGUACUUCUCCCCGGAGGAGUGGGGGUGUCUGCAGCCCGCGCAGAGGGCCCUGUACCGGGACGUGAUGCGGGAGACCUACGGCCACCUGGGCGCACUCGGAUUCCCAGGCCCCAAACCAGACCUCAUCUCUUGGAUGGAACAGGAGAGUGAGGCUUGGAGCGCCGCGGACCAGGAUCCUGAGGAGGGGGAAAGCGAGGGAGGAGCUCUGAGAGGAGAUGCCCCAAACAAGAAGAAAGAGGAACCCGAAGCAGUACCAGGAGCCAAGGGACCCAGAAAGACUCCUGGGAACGAUAGGCCUAAAGAGAUGGUUAAAUACAACCCUGACUUGGCCAUCAGCAAGGCGUUGGCAAGAGCACAGACACCCACGAAAGCUGCCUGGGACCAGAGCACAAGCUUGCAGCCCCCAGUCCAGGUGCCCAGCGUGGGCUGUCAGGCCAGCCAGCGGCGCCACGUGUGUGCAGACUGUGGUCGCCGCUUCACCUAUCCUUCUCUGCUGGUCAGCCACCGGCGCAUGCACUCGGGUGAGCGGCCCUUCCCCUGCCCCGAGUGUGGCAUGCGCUUCAAGAGGAAGUUUGCGGUGGAAGCUCACCAGUGGAUCCACCGCUCCUGCUCUGGGGGCCGACGAGGCCGGAGGCCUGGGAUCCGGGCUGUGCCACGGGCCCCCGUUCGGGGUGACCGGGACCCGCCCGUGCUGUUCCGCCACUACCCAGACAUCUUUGAGGAGUGCGGGGGCGGCGCUGGCCUGUCCGCGGGGCUGGCACUUCCCAUGGCGCCGCCUCCGGCCCCGCUCUCCGCGCGUGAACCAGAGGCGGCUGCCCGCGAGGGGAGGGGCCCCGGGUCCGUGAGCUUCGCGGACGUGGCCGUGUACUUCUCCCCGGAGGAGUGGGGGUGUCUGCGACCCGCGCAGAGGGCCCUGUACCGGGACGUGAUGCAGGAGACCUACGGCCACCUGGGCGCGCUCGGAUUCCGAGGCACCAAGCCGGCCCUCAUCUCCUGGCUGGAGGAGGAGGCUGAACUGUGGGGUCCAGAUGCCCGAGAUCCCGAGUUGGGAGAGUGUCUGACAGAAGACCCAGCAGAUUCCAGAAACAAGGAAGAGAAAGGACUAAGAGAAGGCACUGAGGCACUGGAGAAGAUCCUUUCUGUGGACGCUGGGCCUCUUAGGCUGAAGGCUCUCAAACCCCCUUCUGCUGGGCUCCCUUACAGUUUGGAGCAGCCAUCCAAGGUGCCUCGCCGGGGUCGCCCCCCACUCUUUGCCCAUCCCCCUGUCCCUAGGGCAGACCAGCGUCAUGGUUGCUACCUAUGUGGAAAGAGUUUUGCCUGGCGUUCCACUCUGGUGGAACACCUGUAUACCCACACAGGUGAGAAGCCUUUCUCUUGCCCUGACUGUGGCAAAGGCUUCCGCCAGGCCUCCUCUCUGAGCAAGCACCGUGCCAUCCACCGUGGGGAGCGUCCCCACCGCUGCCCCGAUUGCGGCCGGGCCUUCACUCAGCGCUCUGCCCUCACCACCCACCUACGUGUCCACACGGGUGAGAAGCCCUACCGCUGUGCUGACUGUGGCCACUGCUUCAGCCAGAGCUCUGCCCUCUACCAGCAUCAACGGGUCCACAGUGGUGAGACCCCUUUCUCCUGCCCAGACUGUGGCCGUGCCUUUGCCCAUGCCUCAGACCUUCGGCGCCACGUGCGCACCCAUACAGGCGAGAAGCCCUACCCGUGUCCAGACUGCGGGCGCUGCUUCCGACAGAGCUCCGAGAUGGCAGCGCACCGGCGCACCCACAGUGGGGAACGCCCCUACCCCUGUCCUCAGUGUGGCAGGUGCUUUGGCCAGAAGUCAGCCAUGGCCAAGCACCAGUGGGUCCAUAGGCCUGGUGCCGGGGGACACAGGGGCCAGGGUGCUAGUGGGUUGUCUGUGCCCCUGGCCCCUGGCGGAGGGGACUUGGACCCACCUGUGGGUUUCCAGCUCUACCCAGAGAUAUUUCAGGAGUGUGGGUGAUGGCCUCAAAGGUGAAAAGACAAAGGGUGAAGACAUAAACAUUUCCUGAGCCCAAGCUGGAAUCAGUACAGAACCUCUGGGGGUUCCAGGGAGGUCAUAGAAUUCCUUGUACAAGCUGGACCUGGGGGUUGAGGACCAUCAUAUUUUAGGCCUUCACCAGCUUGAUAUGCUGACACCUCACUCGGUGCUGGCCUACAUUCUAGGAGCCCUCUGCUAAGUUAGGGCUGAGGUGAGAACCCCAAGCAGACCUCUACUGUGGGAAGGAAAGGCUGUUUCUCAGCUAAUAUGUGUUAAGAGGAUUGAGGUAGAGGAGAACCUUGGUUUACCCAUUGUGUUUUUACCGCAGAAGUUAAUAACUGGGGGCCAUGUACUGAAUCUGGCCUGUAGCUGUCUUAUGUUUUUGGUCUUGUCAGAAAUUUGAAAUAUUACAAGUUAUUGAUGAAGAUUUCACACAAAUAUCCAAGUUUCUGACUUGAUAAAUCCGAAGAUUUGGCAACUCGACCUAAGCUCCUACAAAACCACAGUUGGCAGGAGCUGAAGGCAGCUGUUUCCUUUGGAUGGAGCCGGAGCCUGUGCUCUCCAGUUCGGCAUGCUCGCCACCCCUCGUCAGCUCCUGACCAGCACUGGCUGGCACUCAUGGCUUGACCGUGUCUCUGGCAAAGCAGCCCUCUCCUAUCCGGUAUAUUUUACUCCUUUACGUGAUCUGUUGGGCUCCUGUGGUCACAGGCAUACAAAUCAUGGUCUAAUUUUUUUUUUAAUCCUUACCCAAGGAUACUUUUUACAUUGUUCUUCAGACAGAGUGGGAGGGGGAGAGAGAGAGAGAGAAACAUCAAUGUG